GCAAGCAAACACACCAUUUAUUUUUGUUUGCUUAUUUCACAGCGAUAGUCACGUCUGGAAAGGUGGCGAACAAGUGGGCGAGGAAAGGGAACCGCAGCCUUGGAGCAAGGGCUAGUAGCAGCUAUGGGCAGGUGCACUAAAAUGGCAAAAAUGCCGAUGGAGUGGUUUGUUCAGCGUUGCCAGGCUCUCCUCGCGGCGUCUGACUCGGCGUUGCGCCAGGGAUACUUGACUUUGCUGCUGAUUAUGAGUUUCUCCUUGCUAAUGUAUCCAGUGCUGAGAACCAUUGUCCUCCAUUUGCACUCUGCUGUUACUGGUAGCUAUAUUCCUGGAUCUCAUUCCAUUGCACUCGUCAAUUGCCCCAAUGAACAGACUGCUAGAGACAUUGCAAGGGCAAUUAUGGAGAGAAAAUUGGCUGCUUGCGUGAAUAUCCUCCCCAAAACCUCAUCCAUGUAUAUUUGGAAUGGAGAGAUAGAGGAAACUACAGAGAUACUUCUGCUGAUGAAAACAAGGACCUCCAAAAUCAAUGAGUUGUCAGAAUAUAUCAGCUCCUUGCAUCUAUUCGCAAUCCCUGAAUUUAUCAGCCUGCUCAUUGACCAGGGAAACCCGGCCUAUUUAAAAUGGAUGGAGGAGAGUAUCCCGUAUGAUUAGCCACCAUCAUCCAGAAGAUGCUUCUGGACAGACUUUCCCAAAGGACUUGUGGAUAUUGCCAGCUACCAUAGCAUGACAGUCCCCUAUUUUUGCAGACACGGUCAAGAUGGAAAAGCAACUGAGAAUGCUCCGUUAGUGGUUCUGAGUUGCAUGAGAGUGGGAUCCUCUCUGGAAGAAACAGGAUCCUUGUGUUGCAUCUUGCUCAGUUUUGCUGUUUCGGUUUAACAUUUUGUGGCUAUAAUUCUCCAAAGAAAGUAGCUGUAUAAGAAGCAAAGUCUUAAAUGUCUCCUAACAUCCAGACCUGCUUGCACAGUUGCCUCUCUCACAUUUUCACUGGUAUCUCAGAAACCAAGAAAAUGGUGUUUUAAGGAAUUUGGUGAACAAGAAGUAGCAGUGUGAGCCAACCCUAAGAUUUGGUUUGGACCCUGAUUAGGUGCUUUGGAAAACAGCUCAGUCCGAGACACUUCAUGGUUGCCCAAUUUGGCUUGGGAGGUAUGGAAGUCUGCUACAUUUCCACCCACUCCAUUCAGUAUUUCGGGCUGAACUUUGUUCGCUUUUUUGCAAAAGGGGGUGAAAUUUACAGGCACUGCAAUGGAUAAUUUACAAGCAUUGCAAUGCCAAAUUACAAGUAAAGAGGUCAGAGGGCUUUUGUACUAGACUCUGUUAGAGACUGACUUUUAAAAACAAACAGAAACACCUAUAAUUUCUUAUUUUGGGGAGAACUGAGUGAAAUUUGCGGCCAUGAUAAUCCCUUAUGAGUGCAUGACACUUACUCAGAAGUGGUUUUCCAGCAAGUACAGCUGCCACAGGUUGGGGGUGUGUAAAAAAGGAGUCAAGACCCUGAUGUUGGGAAAGAUGGAGGGCACUAGGAGAAGGGGACGACAGAGGACGAGAUGGUUGGUCAGUGUUCUCGAAGCUACCAACAUGAGUUUGACCAAACUGCGGGAGGCAGUGGAAGACAGGAGUGCCUGGCGUGCUCUUAAUCUGAGAUCUGCCAAAUUGCAGACAAACAGGUUCAGGGGUUUGGUGAUUUGAUUUUGGAGUGGGAAGAAUGAAAAAGGAUUAUCUUUCUAGUGGGCUUCAGAGGUUUCCACUUCCACCUCUGUGGAAAAUAUUAAUCACCUCCGAAAAAGAAAAAAACCUUUUCAUUCUUUAAAUUCCCUAUUCUGGCUUCUCCAUAAAAUAAAAAUAUAUAAGCACCCCUCUCUCUUUCUCUUUCUCUCUCCUCUGAAAAACACUACUCACUUCCAAUUCCAUUUGCCUAGACAUAAGUGGGUUUUGUCUGUGCUCCUUGCACACAGACUAAUCUCAUCAAAUUCAGUGGGUGGCUGCAAACAGCUUCCACCUCAUUCCAAAAUGGCAGCCUUUCCCAGCCUGGUGUCCUCCAACAUGCCGUCCAUCUUCAUGCUGGCUGAGGUUGGGAGUUGUAGUCCAAAACAUAUUGGAGGACACCAGGCUGAGGAAGGCUGGCACGGCACAAAGGCUUGCAUGAUAAUUUUAAGUGCAUGGGAAAUUCCUCUUUAAUCUGCUGUUAGUCCAUUAUGUGAUAAAGCUCCUACAACAUCUGGAAAUGAAUUCUGCUCUCCUCCCCUCCUCAAAGUUAUUAGAACUAUAGUAGCUAAAGCAAAAUGGCAUGGUGUGUGUGUGAAACUAAUCGGUUUAUUCCCCCAUCCCUUAAAAUGUAGUUGUCAUUCUCUACUCAAAAACUGAGAAAUGAGGGGC